GCCCCCAUUACGUCGCCUCUCUACGCGUAUCCCGCUGAUUUGCAUUUGCAUUCGUGACUCUGUCCGAUAAGUGGUCGCGUUUUGAUCCAAGAAAUUUCUUGGAAUAAAUUUGAAUGAAAGACUGAGGGAGCGUGCGUGCCGAGGGGGGGAAACACAAAAACUGAGGCUAAUUCCCACGUCGAGACGUCAUAUACUUUUUUCAUAUGCCUGUGAAAGUUGUGAAUAAAACAGAAGAAUGCGUUUUUCAUCGUUUUAUGUGGUGAUUCUGAGUAUUCUCGGGGCCGUGGGAGCUGAAUCUGCCGAAUGGAACACCAAGGAUUUUAUGAAAAGGGAGCAUUCCCUCAUCAGGCCUUAUCAAGGCAUGGGGAUGACUAUACCUUACUGGGACUUCAUGGGGAGUACUAUGGUGACGAACGACUAUAUUAGACUCACAGCGGACCUUCAGAGCCAGCAGGGAGCCCUCUGGAACUCGGUGCCAUGCAACGUGCGCAACUGGGAGAUCCAGGUGCACUUCAAAGUUCAUGGAAAGGGUCGGGAUCUCUUCGGGGAUGGGUUCGCGAUAUGGUAUGCUAAGGAUAAGAUGCAGUCUGGACCUGUUUUUGGGAAUCAGGACUAUUUCCAUGGAUUGGCUGUCAUUUUGGACACUUACAGCAAUCAUAACGGUCCUCACAAUCAUCAACAUCCCUACAUCUCAGCAAUGGUGAACAACGGUUCUCUCCAUUACGACCACGAUAGAGACGGCACCCACACACAAUUAGCCGGAUGUGAAGCGAAAUUCCGGAAUCUUGAGCACGAUACACACAUUUCUGUUAGAUACGAAGGGGACACCCUCAGUGUAUCAACGGAUAUUGAUAAUAAAGCUGCCUGGAAGCCAUGUUUCACGGUCAGUGGUAUUAAAUUACCCACUGGAUAUUACUUUGGGGUGACAGCCACCACUGGUGACCUUUCCGAUAACCAUGAUAUUCUUUCUGUUCGUUUGUUCGAGUUGGAUUUACCUAAUGAUCCAAAAGAUACAGAAGACAGGUCGAAUAUAAUCCCCUCAGCGACAUUCUUCGAGUCCCCGAGGGAUCACGUGGAGGAUCCAAAACCCUCGUCACUCAGUGGCAUAAAAAUAUUCCUCCUGAUGUUGGUUGCAGCAAUUGCCCUCAUCGCCUGUGUCGUUAUCGGUGUUAUGUUCUACCAGAAGCACCAGGAGAACAGUCGAAAACGAUUCUACUGAUGACUCAGUAGCCCAACAAUCCAAUAAAAUCAAUAAUCAAUAGUUAUGGAAUUUCUAUGAAAUGCCUGCAUGCGAGUGAGUGAAUGCAUAAAUUGUUUGCUUGUCGAAUUAUUAUUUUUUAGAUAUUGAGGGGAUCCAGGGACUCAUCCAAUCGAUUGUAGAUAAACUCAGUGAAUGUGUAAAAUAUUUAAACGUCAAAUGUUUUGUAAUUCCCCCACUCGGAGUUUUUAAAUUAAUCUGAUGUGUCAUAAUAAAAUAUUUAAGUGCAUAAUUGAGACUGUCACGAGGGCAGGUUCAAUUGUCAAAAGCAACUCUGGGGAUUUUUCCUUUCCUUCCAUGCCCACUUGAAAUUAAAAGAGUAACUUUUUUCGGAAUUCCGUGGUUUUACAAGUAGUUCAGAAUCCAGGGAAGUAAUUAGAUUGUAAUGAAUACUCCUCUGCUGCCGGUGAUACAAAUCAUCACACGAGUUGACACUCACAAUUUUAUUUUUUUAUUUUGAAGAAUUAGACUAAACGAACCUAUUACCAAUUGAUAAAUUUCCAUUGGUUCUGCUCCAAUUGCUAUCCAUCGAUUUAAUUAUUUUAUUUAUAAAAUUGAAUUAACUAUGAGUAAGCCAUAUCAGUCACGUCAGGUACAUCGAUGAAGCAUAAACACCGAUUUUAUAUUUGUAAAAGUGUAAAUAAACUAAAAUCAAUUCUCCACCUGAUAAACGGAGAUACUGACUGAUUCGAGGAUGUUUUCCUCUUCACGCUACCCUAGAAACAAUACACUUUUUAAACUUAUAAAAAUAAUCAGGAGAUAUGUAAAUCGAUUUAAGUGACCGAUGUAUAUUAUUAUACAAAUAUCAAUAACGCGUAAUACCUGUACAGAUGUUUUGUCGACGGAAAUGCCAAAUAAAUGAUUGUUCAUAAACGAAAAA